GUUGUCAAACCUGCCACAGUUUGCUUCCCGCGCGGACAACAAUACUGAAACAAUAGCGAGAUCUGUCUUCAGAGGAGAUCUUUUGUACUCUCGUGAAGCACACAUAAAUGUUCUGCCUGUUUGCUUUUUUUGUGUUUCCUUGUGUUUAAGUUAAUCAAAAUGUUCCGAACUCGCCAACUAAACACAGUGCAGCCAUCGCCGUCAAUAGUGCGAUUUUCCCCGGAGGCGCUCGAUUCGAGGGACGUUUCCUUCGAGGCAUACAAACAGGCCAAACACUCCAAAACGAGGAAACGCAGCUUCUCGCCGCUGGUUAAUGCAAAAAAUAUGCGCUCCCCGGACAUUUCGCCGAUCGCACUCAACAAACCGAUGCGCGUCUCACCCAGGACGAACACCCCUAAGACCGUAUCCUCUUCGUCUACGAAAGUGCCAUCAUAUGCAGGUUAUAAGAUGACAGUUCCUAAAAAAGACGGCACCCGAGAGCAGUCGCGAUACGGGCUACUGUUUGCCAUAGCAACGCCGAUAACAAAGCGCGAGCUGGAACAUCGCAUCACCGUUGACAACAUCCUGAAGAACCUGGACCUGGUCAAGUAUAUGGACAUCUUCAUCCGCGAGGAGAUCGACUUCGAGGUGUUUCUAACUCUGUCGGAGAAGGAUUUGCACGACAUCGGUAUCGAUUGCCAGGCGGAUAUCGAGCGGAUUCUGGCCAAGGUUGCCGAAUACAAUGCCGGUACGUAAGUGCCAGUCGGGUUUCGAUUGUUGUUACUUUGUGUUCGUAUGUGUAUGUUUGUUUGUGUUAAUUUUUAACUCUAUGACAGCCAGAGACGGAUUAGGACGGUUAUUUUUUUCUUUUGAAGUAAGUUAAGAUCAAGAGUUUCUUGAAGAUUGAAGAUUGUAAACAGGGUAUAAUAAUUACGGAAAGUUUCUGUGAUUUACACCACCAUGAAAUUGUUUAAAUAAAAUGAAUGAAUAUCUAAAAAAACACUA